UGCAUUCUGCAAAAAUCUACAGCGAUUCGAAGCACUGAAUUCGCUACAUUUAACAUGGCAAGUAAAUUCUCUCGCUCAGGGGACCGAGAUACCGAUUUCCUAUGUUUGUUUGAGACGGGAAGUUUCUAUGAUUGCUCUAUUAAAGUUGAGAAAAGGCGAUUCCGUUGCCACAAAAUAAUUCUCAUAAUGAGCAGUCCUGUGUUUGAGCGAAUGCUCUGCGGUGAUUUUGCAGAAUCCACAAAAGGUGCAGACGAUGAAAUCGCCAUCGAUAGCAUUUCUGCCGAUGCGUUUGAUAAGGCUAUGAGGUUUCUGUAUGGAAACAAAAUCUAUUUUGAGAAUAGCAUCAACCUGACUAUCGAGAUUUUUCGCUUUGCACACAAGUGGCAGAUAAGUAAACUUUUUAGAGUUGCAUCAGAUAUAUUGCAGAAAAAACUGGACGCGACUAACGUUCUUCAAAUACUAAAAAUGCACCAUUCUCUGGGUGUUACUGCAGGGUUGGAUAAAUGUUGGAAGAUUAUUCAAGAACAAACAGUGGAAGUAUUAUCGUCUGCAGGUUGGUUGGAAUGCUCAUCAGAAACUGUUAAAACGAUCCUCAGUAGGGAAAAGUUGAGUGUGAAUGAAAUUGGCCUAUUCCAGGCUCUGCUAAAAUGGGGUAGCUCAUUCAGAGGAAAAGGUACCACUAGGUCAAAGAUAAACGAGUUCCUUCCAUUAAUCAGAUUUCUAACAAUGACCGAAAAUGAUUUUGUCGCGAUUUGCACUGCAACUAACGACGAGCUGACCAGUGACGAAAAACUCAACAUUCUGUUAGCCAUUAAAACGGGGAAAAUUGAUUUCUACCCAACUCACCUAAGUAAAAGUAGAAAAUCGCGAUGUCCAGUUACCGCAAUGGAAGUGUCUUUCGCGUCAAUCACAGGCCAAAUCCGACCACGUUCAAUACAUAUUAAUACUCCUCCUAACACCCGUCAUACUGUAAAACUUUCAUUGCGCUCACAUCUUUUCAGCGUGAAUGAAAUUUUCAUUACCGGUGUGGUUAUGCAAGACUUAAGUAUGUUUGCUAAUUCACAUUCACCUACGCAAACAUACUAUUUCGCAUAUUGGUGCUUGUCAAAUGCUGGAAGCAGAUACAACUUGAUGCAGCUUGAAGACUCGGAAGACGCCACCGUGCAAUCUGCAGAGUUUAAAUUUUUGCCCGCUUAUUCUAGCAAUCUUGAAAGAACAGUUCGAUUUGACCCGCCGGUAAAAAUGAGAGUUGGAUGUCAGUACGCAUUAGAUUUGCGUGCGAAGGGUUAUUUCUCUUCUAAUAUGCAUCCUCAUUUUGUUGCCACUUGUGAACUUGAAAUUGAACCUAGGGCAUUAGAACAGUGUUCCAAUGAAUUUUUAUCUGCAAAAAUCACAGGAAUGCAACGAGAAAAUAUAUAUCACAUGUCAUCACUUAUUAUUGAGUUAAAAAGCAAUUCAACUUGACUUUAACCUUGCACAAUAUAAUUGUAAAAUACAAACAUCUUAUAUUAGUGGACUAAAUUAUAAAAAUUUGUCUGAAUUUUUUUAAAUUAUUUUCAACAUAAAUUUCAUUGGUAUUAAUGGUAUUCCUUGAUAAUCAAUUAAUGCUAAUUAUUUCAAUACGUCAUAUGUGCAUUGUUAUACUACCUUUACUCAUA